UAUAGGGCAGAGUAUAGAAUGUCAGGUAAAGAAACUCACCGAUAAGAGAGAUUAGAAAGGAGGAAAAAGAUAUAUAGAGAGUGAAUGGACAACUUCUGACCAUGACCAGGCUCAGUUGUGAUUUCAAGCUACGUGAAAAUUGUUCUAACUUGUGGAAGUGAAAAGCGUGCUAUUCAUGAUGAAGAAAAGUUCACUGGACGAGUUCUGUGAUAUGAUAGACACCUAUGGUGGGAGAGACAAGGUUAUCAGAACAUUAUGCUACACUACAAAAUUAGCAUGUGGUUUGUACCAAACUACAAAUCCCGAUUUAUCAAAGAAAUUGGGUAUCUUUAGCUCAAAAAUGAGUGCCACAAGAGCCACUCUGAGACUCCUGGAUGACUGGCCAAUGCUCCAGCAUACCAUGAGAUACGGAUUGGGUCAUAAAGAACCAGAUAGAGCUAUGGCUGUUAUGGGAGUUCUUGCCAAUAUUGUGGAUAAUAUUUACUAUCCUGUGGAGAAGGUCUGUUGGUUGGCUGAACACAGGGUUAUCAGUGUGAAAGAACCAGGAAAAUGGGACACCGCCAGCUCAGUUUGUUGGGUCCUCUCAAUUUUCCUCAAUCUUCUCAGGAUUCUGAGAAACAUCACUCUAAUGGAGCAAUAUAGUAAAACCCUUUAUAAGGCUGCCAACGAUAGCAACAGGGAAGAGAGGCGAAAAUUGCUGUGGAAGCAACAACAAGAGUUACUCUCUGUCGUCCGACUGAGUUUGGACUUUACCCAAGCCGUUAGUACCCUGCCCAAGGGAUACCUUUGGGGUGGUAAAUUAUCAACCCUCCAUAUCGGUGUAAUAGGAACAAUAUCAUCAUUCAUCGGACUCUAUCAGUAUUUUGCCAAGAAACGGGGACCAGCGUAGAUUUUACGCAAAUUGUGGUUCACACUUGAAGAAUUAUUUGGCACACACAUGAGCAAGCAGCAAGAGAGUGAGAAUAUUCCAAGAAGUAACAUCAACAAGGGGAGGUCCAGGACGCACGAAUUAACCCUUAAUUAUAAACAAGAAGAGAGAGAACUAUGGAAAACUAAAAUUAUGCCUGAAAAUCCAUUGCAAAAAGACUUUUAAUGUACAGACAAAUCAUUGAACCAAUUAAAAAUGUUUUGUUUUUUUUUAGAAAAUGUUGUUAGAAAAUAAAAGUAUUAUUACUACUGUUAA